AUGAAAGCGGUUGACAUCAAAGGCGGCAGAGGCGAACGAGAUGCCCUCUUCAUCAACCCACAAACGCCCAAGCCAACCGCCAGCCACGGCCAGGCCAUUGUCAAAAUCAAGGCAUUCGGCAUCAACCGCAUGGACAUUGUCCAACGGCGUGGCAUGUACCCGCUCCCGCCGCAAGCCCCCGCCACACUGGGCGUGGAGUUCAGCGGCACCAUCGAGUCCCUUGGCCCCGGGGAUCACGGGGGCUUCCAGGCCGGCGACGAGGUGCUCGGGCUGGCCUACGGCGGCGCCUACGCCGAGUGCGUUGCCGUCAGCUCCAGGAUGCUGCUGCAGAAGCCGGGCCACAUGAGCUUUGAGCAGGCGGCCGCCGUCCCCGAGGCUUGGAUUACCGCCACGCAGGCGCUGCACAUGGUGCUGGGGUUCGAAAGGGGCAAGUCUAUUCUGUGGCACGCCGGCGCCUCGGGCGUGUCCAUCGCCGGCAUCCAGCUGUCCAGGGCGUCGGGGGCAUCCGCGGUGUAUGCGACGGCAGGAUCGGACGACAAGUGCGCCUUUGUCACGCGGGAGAUUGGUGCUGCGGCAGCCUUCAACUACAAGACCACGGACUGGGUCAAGGAGAUCAAGGACAAGACGGGCGGUAGGGGCGUGGAUUACAUUGUUGAUUUUGUCGGGGCCGACUACUUCCAGAAGAACUUGGAUGUGGCGGCGAGGGACGCCAGGAUCGUGCUGCUGGGAACGCUGAGCGGUGGCAAGGUGCCCUGUGCGGAUAUUUCGCAGAUCCUCUACAAGCGGAUUCGCAUCGAGGGCAGCACGCUGCGCAGCCGGGACGAGCAGUAUCAGGGCGAGUUGAGGGACCGACUGGAGACGUACUGCCCCGAGUUUGCGUCUGGCAAGCUCAAGAUCAUUGUGGACAAGGUGAUGCCGUGGGAGGAGAUUCAGGAGGCACACAAGUACAUGGAGGACGCGAAGAAUACAGGCAAGAUUGUAUGCACGAUUUCCUAG